AUGGACCACAGCACACCAGGCCUCCCUGUCCAUCACCAACUCCCGGAGCCUACCCAAACUCAUGUCCAUCAAGUCAGUGAUGCCAUCCAACCAUCUCAUCCUCUGUCAUCCCCUUCUCCUCCUGCCCUCAAUCCUUCCCAGCAUCAGGUGGCCUUUUUGAAUGAGUCAGCUCUUCGCAUCAGGUGGCCAAACUCUUGGAGUUUCAGCUUCAACAUCAGUCCUUCCGAUGAACACUCAGGACGGAUCUCCUUUUUACUAAUUUCUAUUGCAGUGGAGUUGCUUUACGAUGUUGUGUUGCUUUCUGCUGUACAGCAAAGUGAAUCGUCUGUCUGUAUACAUGUGUCCCCUUGUUGUUGGACUUCCUUCCCAUUCAGGCCCCCGCAGAGCGCUGAGUAG